AAUGUUUCCGUGAUUUUUUUCUAUCGAGCCAACUUUAACCUUUACUGUUUUGCUUAGAGGCUGCUGUCACAAAUAUUUUAUUAUUAUUUGCUGUCACAGAUAUUAUUAUUUGCUGUCACAGAUUUUUUUUUUUUGCAUUUGUCCUUGAUUAAUAUAUGUGAAUAUUUAACAUAAAAACGGAUAUUUUGAAACUAAAAAGUUCCUGUCUCACAGAAUCUCCUUCCGCAAAAUAUCCGUAUUCGUAAUUCACGUAAUUGUUCAUUGCAAUUUUAAAAUUCAAUAAUGUCGUAACUUUGUUUUGAAUGUAGUAUAAAAUAGAAGUGUGACAAUAAUUUGUGAAAGUGUUAUAAGUUAAAACCUUCAUAGAUACUACACUAAUGUGUUCGUUUUGGUUGGCAAGAAUUUCAUAUGUUUUGUUUUUAAAUCAGUCAUUCUGUGUCAAUAUUUUUUAUAAUCAUUUCCCUACUAGAACUUUAUAGUUAUCGUAAUGUUUUGUUUUAUUAAAACAACAUUUUGUAUACCAGACGAAGUUGUAGCACGGGAAAUUUUGGGUAUUCGACAUCUUGUAUUGAAGUCAUUAAACCCCUUAACCGCACGUGCAGAAUAGCGGUUAAUGUUUAAAGUUCUAUCAUUUUAUAUUUUCAUGUUAUGAUGUGAAAUGUUGUCGAAUACAUACCUAAUGAUUAGAAUUUUUAUUCAAUGAGUAAGAAUAAUCAUUAUAUAGCCUUAUAAAUAUAUAUGUUCUCUAUAGUUUACAUAUUUUUAGAAGUUUACAUAGAUGACGUGUAAGUAAAUGUUGUUUUUUUCCACUCUUGUAGGAUCAUGAAUGACGCGCUUUAAUAAACCGUUGUUUUUACGUAUAUUGAAGCAAAGUGGAGCAAUCAUUGCCAUACCGAAAUACAUUUUCAAUAAUGGAUCCAAUGGUUUUUGAUGGUAAGUAAUUCAAUUACAAAAACUUUUUCGGCUUUAAAAGAAUAUAAAUUUAAAUUAUUUUUUGGAAUAUUGAAAACGUACGGUAAAAUGGUUUAGAGACUAAACGCUGCUUUCUUUUUGCUGGCAACUAUUUUUUAAGCACAUUAGCGCCAACUAGUGGCCAAUUUCCGUAACUUCUUAUUGAUAUCUCCUGCUCUAAGUUCAUGUUGUAAUAUACUCUCGCUAAAAUUUGUGCUAUUUGCUGACAAACCCCAUGUUUAUUGAAUAUGUGCUCGUGUUUUGUUUGUUUUCCGUUGUAACGUAGUGAAAAUCUUGUCUCAAUGUAUAAGUUAUGCGUCAAGUUCCUUUCAAAACCAAUGACAUUAGAUGAACUCGAUGUGCGUUUUGGCCAUUUUACUUGGCUUGCGUUGGUGAUUCGUACAUAGUCACGUGACCAAAGAGGUUUUUGGAUCAAUGGCGCCAAAUGACUAUUACAGAAAAUGUGGCACCUGCUGUUGUUGUGUUGUGUCGAACUAAAAUGCCAUCAUGUAGAGAAUGCUGUGACUUUCUAUACAAUGCUACUGCCUCGCUCCAAGUGUAAAGCAACAAGUGGCUCGUGAACAUGUAGCUUGUGAAUGCCUCAAGCAAGAUGUCGUUGAGAGGCACCAAGCGCGCUUCAGGGCCGCGCGGGGAGGAGGCCGGCGCAUCGAAGCGCCGCAGGACGGAGCCCGAGGACGCUCUCUGGCAGCUCCGGCCUGUCAGUGACCUCAAGAUGUCAUCCAUAUACAAUAGAAGUGCCUCAGAGGCACCUGCCGAACUAUUCAGGAAGGAUUUGAUCAGCGCAAUGAAGCUGCCGGACUCUGAGCCGCUCACUGCCUCAGAGUACUGGGUGAUCACGGACACGUGGAAGCAGGACUGGGAGCGGGGCGUCCAGGUUCCCGUCAAUCCGGACUCGCUGCCGGCGCCUAAGGUCCGGAUCACCGAGAACCCGAAGCCGCCGGACUUCCAGGAGUUUAAAUUGCCUAAAGACAAGUACAUCCACUUGAGCCGCGACGCGACUUACGCGCCAGACAAGCACACGAUCACCACCGCGCUCGCACGUGCGGAGGCGGCGUGCUCGUACGACCUGGACGCCACCGACACCGCAUGGCUCAAGCUGCUGAACGCCGAGCGGGCGCGCGCCGGCGCCGGGCCCAUCACGGAGGAUCAGCUCGAGAAGGUCAUCGAGGAAUUGGAGGUGCGGACGUGGGAUAAAAUUCAAGCCAUCAUGAAGUCAGAGGAGGGCCUAGGCAUAGAGUACGACGAGAACGUAAUCUGCGACGUGUGCCGCUCGCCUGACUCCGAGGAUGGCAACGAGAUGGUCUUCUGUGACUCCUGCAACAUCUGCGUCCACCAGGCCUGCUACGGCAUCACUGUCAUACCCGACGGUCAGUGGCUGUGCCGGCCGUGUGGCGACGGCGUUCGACCCACGUGCGUGCUCUGCCCCAACCUCGGUGGCGCCAUGAAGUGUACGCCCACCGGCCAUAAGUGGGCCCACGUCAGCUGCGUCCUCUGGAUCCCCGAAGUGUCUAUAGGUUGUGCUGAAAAAAUGGAACCUAUCACAAAAAUCUCCUCAAUACCGGCGUCGCGCUGGUCUCUCGUGUGUGUACUAUGUCGCGAACGGAAAGGUGCGUGUAUACAGUGCUCUGUAAAGACUUGUAAGACUGCUUAUCACGUUACUUGUGCAUUUAAACAUGGACUAGAAAUGCGUGCAAUAAUAGAAGACGAAAACGCAGAUGACGGUGUGAAGCUGCGCUCAUACUGUCAGAAGCAUAGUGUUAAUUCGAAGAAGGAGAAGUGUCCGGGCUCCGGGUCAGACGAGGAGGAGGUGAAACGCAAGCGGCGAAAGGAUAUGACGUCGGAGGAGAAAAAUCAGGCGCGUGCCGCGAGGCUACAGGAGAUAGAAGGCGAGUUUGACAAGCACGUCAGCGUCAAGGACGUGAGUACGCAUCUGCUCGACGUCGACCAGGACGCCAUCAACUACAUAUAUAACUAUUGGAAGAUGAAGCGCCGCGCCGGCCGCAACCGGCCGCUACUGCCGCCCAAGUCCGACGACAGCGAGCUCCUCACGCAUCGCCAGGAGCAGGCGGACCUUGACAAGAUGAAGAUGUUCGUGCAGCUCAGGCAGGACCUCGAGCGCGUGCGGAACCUUUGCUACAUGGUCAGCCGCCGUGAGAAAUUGUCGCGCUCAUUCUUCCGCAUGCGCGAACAGACUUUCCACAAACAAGUUGCGGUUCUAUCUGCGGACCCGACCAUUAGCGGGCCUGACUUAGCCGCUAUUAUCGAGGCCAACCACGGCCCCUCUAUUUACGAUAGGUUGUAUUCCCAUCCCAAUGCUCCCGACCACAAGAACGAUUUCGAAGAAAUGUUAGCUCGUAUCGCUCCACCCGAGUCCGGCGAUGAAAAGAAGAAGGAUCGCAACGGCAUGGUUAAAGGCGCGAAAUCAUCCAACCCGUACAAGAAACAUUACGUAAAUGGGUCACGGCGAAGCGGCAGCAUGUACAGCGGGUUAUCUAGUGAAGAGAGUGCUCCCGAAAUCUCACGUUCAACGCGAUUCCGCGGACGGGCGAUCGGCUCGAGCACGGACGACGACAAAAAAGCCUCUGGAUCACCAAAGAAAAAGGUGUCGCCCGGCAAGGGUAAGGGUAAAAGAUCACCCAAGAAGAUCGAAAGGAAGAAGAAAAAGGUACCACAGUCCAAAGCGCUGGUUGAGAGCAGCAGCGAAGAUGAAGCGCUUCAAUCGAGGAUAAAGAAAGACCGGUCACGUAGCAAAACGCUCCAACACCUUGAAAAGGAAAUGGCAGAGGCAGUGAAGUCGGGAGCUUCGGCCACCGACAGCGACGAGCUCAUGCCCAUCCGGGCCACCAGGCAACACAACAGCAAGUUUCCUGAUAACAUUUACUCUGACAGCAGUGAGGAAUCCUCCAGCAAAACAGAUCUCAAAUCCGAUAAGGCCAAAGCUGACAAGUCCAAACCAGACAAGUCACCAGACAACGACUCUCAACAACCCCUGCCUAGAACGAAGGCGGCCAUGAAAGAAUUCAUUCCAAGCCAACCUGAAAAGAAGAGCCCUACUAAAAUCGCCGAGAAACCAGCUCCAAAGAAAAGAGGCAGAAAGCCAUCUAACAAAGGGGAAAAGAAGACUACUCCAAUCAAAAGUAAUGAUUCUGAUGAUGAAGCUAAGAAUAAGGAAAAUAUCAAAUUCUCAAAACAAGCAAGCAAGGAUCCUUCUGAUCUUAUUGUUCCACAAAGACAGGCUGCCAAGAAAGCUUCUGAGAAUAUGCGCUCCACCACCGGUGGCAAAAAGGAAGAGGGAGUUGUUGAAAAACCAAGCAGCGGUGACGAUACUAAACCGCCUAAACCAAAAAUACCCAUCAAGUCCAAGGGCAAAGAACCACCUAAAGAUAUUCCUGCCAAGGUUGGGCGCAAGAAGUCUUUGAAGGACGUUGAAAAAGAAACUAUAGCGUACGUUCCUCAAAGGCAAGCUGCCAAGAAAGCAGCCGCGCAUAUCAAGGGUCUGGGCACGAAGGCGCCUGUUGCCGAAACAUCCGACACUGAUAAGAAAAAAGAGGUCGAAAAGUCUGACUCCACGAAGCUCACUCCUAAGAAAGAAGAGGGUAAAAGCUCGAAGACUCCCCAAAAGGAAAGCUCCAGUUCUUCAUCAAACUCGAGCAGCAGUAGCUAUUCUUCAUCAUCCAGCUCCGAAGAGGAACCCGAGAAGCCUGGUCUCAAACCGACGGCCAAAGCGCGAGAAAUCAAACCCGCCAUCCGGCAGCCAUCCAUGUUCUCACCGCCGGGUACUAGACCGACCGUGGACUUGCCCUUUCUCGACAAGGUGUCAAGACCAUUGUCUUCAACUAGUGCCUCGAGUGAUUCUGAAAGCUCUCAAGGGUCGCGAUUCUCCGGUUCCGGCAGCCCCUCUCCCAAGCGACCCCGCCGACGACGAAAGGGAAAAAGCCUCUCCACCGAUGCGUCCCCUCGCAAGGCCCCUGACAAGAAGCUUAAAACUUCCGAACGGGGGUCCGAGUGCAGGGUACCAUCACCGGCUCCUCAAGGAGAGGAAUCGAGCCGAGCCGGCAACGCGCGGGCCGCCACACGUGCUCGGACCAGAAGCAUUACUUCAAGCGGAAAUAUGCCUAAUAAGCCUGAUGCCCGACAGAGAAAACCAUCUAAAGACGACAACGGAUAUGCCUCUGGCUCCAAUAAAACUCCCAAAGAGGGCAGCCAGCCCCGUGAGCUUCCAACUCCGGAGCGGAAAACGGACGAGGAGGUGAAGCCCGAAAUCAAAGAAGAACCAGUCGUCGAAGCGAAACCCAUCAGGGGCUCUCCGCCCAAGCCCAGGACUCGCGUCUCCGUCGACGAUAAAGACAAGAUCAAGUCGCCAGUUGCGGACCCGAUCUCAUCCAAACCCAGUCCUAGGAAGAGCGCCGAGUUGAAACAUAAGAGUAUUCCUAACAGACGUAUGAGUGUUAAAGAGGUGUCGAAAGAUGUAACGGUACAUGAACCGCCGCGCGAGUCGGCCAAAAAGAAGAUACUCAACAGGCAUGACGACGAAACCGAAACCGAAGCGCACACCGCUAGUAGUCACUCCCCACUCAAGAAACCAGAAAUUACCGAAAAGGUCAAAACGGCUGACAAAAAGAGCCCAAGGGCAGAAAAUGAGUUCCAUGCCAAUGACAGGUACGCAGAGAAUGAAAAACACUGGUUAGAUAAACCUGCCAGCCCCCUCCCGCCGCCUGUAGAGAAAUUGGGCAGCCAUGACAAGUACAUGACUGAAGAUAAGCUGCUCGACUCUGAUGCGGCUGACAAAAACAGCAUAAAAAUGAUCGCAAAAAUACAAGCUAACUUGAACGAAAACAUGAUGAUCAAGUCACCAAAGACACCCAUGGACGCCCGAACAUUUAACAUAGAACCUAUAAUAGAUGUGGAUAACCCGAUACCGCGGAACAUGAGGAAGCGAUCCACGCUGGAGGAAAAGAAGUUUAUAGCCCAAGAUGCCAGCCACGUGCAGGGCGUCGAGAUUUCCAAGAGUGCAAAGAUACCGUCGGUCAACCCCUGCCGUUCCAUGUUCUCUCCGCAAGGCAAAGACAACGAGCUCGACCGGUUCGAAUUUGAAAUGUUGGCCAUCGACGACGGCUUCAACAACGAUGAGAUGAUCAAACCUUUUACUUACCCAGAGUUUAUAUUCAAGGAGGAGAAGGAGCAAGGCGUUCAGGAAACUCGGAACCUGGUCGAUAGACUGCGAAUGCAACUGAGCAGCAAGAAGGCUGAGACUCAAGACGAACAGCCACUUCACGAUGACAAAGAAAUCAGAGAUGACGAUAUCAGGAGCCCCCGUAAAGGUCCCGAAACUCCGCCACCUAACAAAAACGCGGCCAUCGAUAUUCACGAACCCAAGCUGCCGUCAAAUGACCUACAACCGGUCAACCACGAGCCCCACCCGGAUGAGCUAUCGCGCAGAAAUAGCAUACAUGACAACAAAGACUGCCAGCCCAUACCCAUGACAAGCAAUGAAAAAUGGCGCAAUUUGCCCUUGCAGCACAACGAAGUCGAGCUGCCUAACGAUAGAAAAUACGACCGGUACAACGAAGACUCGAAAGAGCCGGCGACCGUUCAGUCCGACAUACAAUCCGUUUCAGAGGUGGGCGACAACGUAUCACUUUCCAAGCAAAGCGAUGAUUCCCAAUCACUGUCCGUGGUCGAUCAUUCUAUUGCGAGCAAUGACACUAUGGCCCUCGUUCAUGAUAACUAUGACAACAACAACUCGCAGCUUCAUUCCGACUGCGCUACCAUCUCAUCGCCAUAUGUGAGCCAAGAGAAAUGGAGGGAGAACAAAAUAAUCUCACGGCGGUCGUCCGCUUCGAGCACAUCGUCUGAAGGAUCAAUUUGCUCGCAGAAACCAGAGGACUUGAAACACGUGAAUAGUUGCGAUGCGCACAUCACAAGUCAUAUGCUGCCAGAGCUCGAGCGAUACCCGCCUUUGCCAGCGUACGGUUGCCCCGUAGAGCCUGCCAUGCCGUUGAAUCAGUAUUCGUCGUACCCACAAGACGCGUCACCAUUCCUCAGUUCCAUGGGUUCCUUGCCGUUGUUCGGUGCCGGAGCUUGUGCUUCUGCUCAACUCACUUUACCCUCACCUGGGCCCGGUCUUUACCCGCCUCCUGGCUUGUCCUACGCCAGUACUCCUCUCAUGCAACCUUUAUCUAAACCGGCGUUCCCAACGCUAUGUGCAGCGUUCACAUCUUCGUCGCAAAAUAUUGCGCUGACUACUGCUAUGAUUGCACCACCGACGCCAAAACCUCUUGACUCGCCUCGUGACGACGCUGAGCCCGUCGAACCGCGGUCCACGAGUCCUAGUACUAUACACGUCGUCACGAGCCCUAGUGCCGACUCGACCGAGACCUCCAGCAAAGCUGCCACUAAAUUAUCCAACGAUAGCAACGAAACCAUGCUCAGUCUGCAUGCGCAAGAAUCCAAGUCUCCCAUUCCACCUAAAGCCCCGAGGUCUAACAAGUUCUCAGGGAAGUCUCCCGGAAAAAGCCCUAUAUCACCUAAACAGAGUGAAGCACCCAAAGGUAAUAAGCGAGCGAGCAACAGGAGCAAUCGAAGUCAGAGAGGCCGAGGACGGUCAAAGAGCCGCGGCCAUGGUGCCCCUGGUUAUGACUACUCGGGCAACUCUAUACAAAGCAAACUUGUCGGCACAGUGUACGACUUCGACGAAGAAAUUGCGAAUGACGGCGUAGAUCUCAAAGCGUUGCGAGAAAGGCGGAAAUCAAUCGACGUAAGAGACGACAGAAAGUCCGAGGCUUCGUACAAGGACGCGUCGCAGUCGCCACAAGUGCAGAGUCCGCAGGCGGUGAAGAAGACUCCGAGCGCCGAAGAUAAGGGCGCGAAACCGCCGACGCCCGAGCCGCCCGACCCGCCGCGCUCGCCGGGCCUCAAGUCCGCAGAGCGCGGGCCCGGCUUCUCGCAGGUGCAUCCUGUACUGCCCGGGCCCGUCGACAUGCGCACCUACAACCCCUCGUUCGAGGGCGCCGCACCGCCCGUCGCAGACGCCUACCACAGCCAUCUGUUGGCUUUCGCCAGCGGCACCGCCGACCAGCAGCUGCCCGACAUAGACGAGGACCUCGAGAAACAGCUUCACUCCGAACUCAUGGCCAGUAAGCCGCGCCCCGGCUCUCCUGCGCCGGCUCAACUAACUCAGCCUGCGAAAGAUACCUAUACGCCUAACUUGCCUAAAGUGUCGCUAUCGGACUCCAGGAACCAACUCAAAGUGAAAAUCAAAGGGCCGUUCCUGGACGCGAACUACUCCAGCUCAGUUACGCCGGUGGCUCCGCAGCCGCCGCCGCCCGUGCUCGACCCCGGCGCUGGCAUGGCGGCGGCCGGUGGGCCGUCCUCCAUGAUGACCGGCUCUACUAAUCUACGCCGCAUGCGGAAGAAGGAGCUGCUUCGCCAGUACUGGACGCAGGACAUGAACAUGGACGACCCGGCGGCGGGCGUGUCACUGGCAGCCGUCCCGCCACCGGCCGCGCCGCCUCCCAUCGCCCGCGCCGUUAUCACCAUUCCCAAAGCCGUCGCUUCCAUGACCAGCAUUCCCACUCGGGACGAUUACAAGUCUGAUGCGCCCGUGGAAAAGAAGAAGCGAAAGACCACGAGCGGCCUCUCGAGGGAGCUGCGACACUUGGAAGUGAGCAUGAACGACGACGUGGAUCCCUCCGACGACACCAAGUUAUCGACACUGGCCGGCCCCGCGACUUCCACGCCGGCGCACAAGCGGCGCGGUCGCGUCACCAAACCGCCGCGGCCCGCCAGCUCGCCGGUCGCACCUAAAAUCAAAAUAAAGAUCGGCUCCAACAUAGUCCAGCAGGUGGAGGAGCCCGUCGGCUUCCAGUUCCGGCCGCCCAAAAAGCGACUGCACACCUCCGUCCCCGCCACGCCCAGCUUCGAGGAUCUGCGCCGCGAGAGCAUGAAAUACCGCCGCAUGGUCAUGGCUGACUUCGAGGAGGACGAGAAAACCAAGAAGGUGAAACCCAGCAAGGCUGAGAAGAGGAAGCGCAAAAAGGAUAAGAAAUCGGAAAAGGAGAAGUUACAAGUGGUGAACAGUGAAAGUGAAAGUGGUGCCAAGUUGAUAAUAAAGAUUAAGCGCACUAAAGAGGAGGAAGCGGCCGCGGGCGGGGCAGCAGCGGCAGCAGCGGCGGCGCCCGAGCCGCCCGUGGACCCGUUCGAGUACGAUCCCACCGCGCCCGACCCGCUCGCGAUCGACCCACCCUCGGAGGCUUCCUCCGGUAUGCGCAAUAAAAUACGGACCGCUAAAGUGACGCCUAUUCGGUUAAAACUGGCGCGGAGCUCGCAGGGCUCUGGGUACGUGAUGAAGGACUUGGAGGGUGCUUCCACCUCCGCCGACGCUACAUCGCCCGCGCCCGCUCCUGCGCCCGCCCCCGCCCCCGCGACAUCGGCCGCCACGCAGCCGCUGUCGCUUACUGUCAAUAAACACUGUGAAGUGAGGUGAUAUAAAAAAAAGAACGCGCGUUAAAUAGUGAUAGCGACACUUUCUCAAGCGUGAAUUUCUGUACAGAAAAUUUUAACUAUAGUGUCUGUAUAUUUCUUCUUUAUAAUUAUUUAUUUGUAUAAAUGGAAAGCUCAAUGAUUAACUUAAAGUUACUCUAAGAUUUAUAAUAGUUUUGUGCAUUGUGUGAUGCACAAGUAAAUCGUAAUAUAGUACAUAGCUUAUAUAUUUUUGUUAAUGUUACUGUUUUACUUUGUGCCUCUUACGGAAUCUCAUUAAUUUUGUCAUAUGUGUAAUUAAUUAUAUUGAAAUUAGGUAUUACAUAUAUUUUUCAAAAUUGCAUAGUUAUCACAAAUACGCAUCACACGGUUAUUCAGUCUAUCUACAUUUAUUAAUAUGGCUGGUGUGAUUGACUAUUCACUCAAAAUUUUAUUUAUUAGAGGCAAACCACAUUAUUAUAAGUUUUAAAACAUUUUUAUGUAUUGAACAAAGUAUUUCAAUUUCCGAAAGAGCCAAAGUAAAUCGUUAUGUAGGUGCUACAACUCGGGUUUCAUUUAGAUCACGUACCGGCCUAAUAUUUACUUGUUUUAAAACCAUUAAUUUAGCUGCUGUAGAUAUGCCAUCCACGAACAGGCUCGACCUCAUCUUUUCUACUAAUUUAAUCAGUUAUUAUCGAUGAAUGAAGAAUGGGCUUUGCCUUCAUGGAUAGCAUCUCACAAAGUCUUUUGCUUCGAUAAGUAGAUAAACGGAAAGAAUUUAAACUAGAAACUAAAUUUUAAAUAAAUAAAGUGAAAAACUCAACAUGCUUAGUAUUGAAUGAUAUUCUAAAGAUAUAAACAUUACGCAGCAAUCACGUAGAUCACACUAUUCCAUGAUUCCUUGUGUGUCAGCACCUCCAAAGUUAGCACGGACCAUUUUCAUUGCGUUCCUCUUCAAAAGAGAAUCGGUACAGUAGGUUAUAACCACCCUUUUGAACUGUAUUUUAAAUAAAUGGUUAACCCGGAGACUGAUAACUGAACGUAUUAUAAAUACUUUUUAAAUAAUGUAUUUUAUGUUUGUGUUACAUAAAAUUAAUUUUACGUAUUUAUUAUUACUAUUUAAUUGUAUGAAAAUUAAAUCUCAGAAUAAUAAGAUUUUUAAACCGCGUUUGAUCAUUUUAUAAAUAAUAAUUAUUUGUAAUAAGAAUAUUAACUUUUACACAUGGACCGUAUUUAUUAGUAUAAAUAAUUUUUUUUAUAGUCAAGUGGUUAGCCAAUCUCAUCGCCAGCCUUUAUUUAUUUGGAUAGCGUUUCGCACAUGUUUUACAUAAUUUCAUCAAUUAACUUAUAGGCCCGGUUUUCACCAAAGAAUAAGAAUCGAAGUUACUCUUUGAAUGCGGGCAUUAUUGAAACACGGUUCUAUAAAACAAAAUAAACUGGCUCACUAUUACAUUGUUAUACGGAAUCAUAAAUCAAGUGUAACAUUUACAUAAAUACGGGGCACAGACGGUCCAUAAUUGCAAUACUUGGCUCAAAGGGUGCAGGCGCCGAGAACUAGUAAAAGAAGUGUUGCGCUGGGAGCUACACUGAGCCGUCGUAUGCCGUGUCGACGCACCUCGCGUCUAAUGAUGGCCCCUAUGACAAUUCAUUUUUAUAUGCACGUAAAAUGUAUGUUGACAUUUUUUUUUUAAGUUAUUUAGAAAUGUAAUAUUUAAGGAAUCAAAAUACGGUAAAAACAAAUUUUCUUAAUGAUUUUUUUAACCCUUUGGUGUUGAACGAUUUAUCGACCACGUACGCGCUAAUUGAAUUUCAACUUUAGCAUUUAAGGUUCAAAUUAGACUUUCGAGAAAUAUUUGGAUUUUAUGGGUAAACCUUGCGGCCUGGAAAAGGGUUAAAUUAGCCUCACCCAACGGAGUCUUGAAGACUGUCAUUGGGAUUAUCGUACGACGCGAGCGGCAUAAGUAGCCUUAGUCUUUUCAAAAUAAAGCACGCUACUACAAUGUAACUUUGUAAAAGUGAGCCAUUCUUUCCGCUUUGACGCUCGAUGCGGUCCCGUUGAACAAUGAGAGCAUUAAGAUUUCAUUUGUUGCAAUGCUAGCUAGACGCCGGAUGGUCGGGAACUCACCUCGCGAUGUGUUAUGAAAUUAUUUCCUAUACGGUUUAGCUCGAAGCUUUUUCUUCAGUGUUCGUUUGUGGUUUGCAAGUGCUAACAACAAAUAUUUUGUACAACUCUCUGUUGCGGAUUUUAACCAUUAAUUUACGAGGUCAUAGGAACCAUAAUGUUUUUUACUUUUAGCCUGACCGUUAUGUUUUUUUUUAAUUAUGUUAAUUUGUAUAAAAAUUUAAUUCUAUUCAUAAAACCAUCACUGAAAACGAAGUUGUUUCUGCUAACUACUCGUGUUUUAGGUUGGCACCUUGUAUAUUGUUAUUAUCCACUCGUGUUUGAGGUUUAGAACUAUACUGCAGGGGUAAGUAUGAGCACUUUAUAUCGUGUUCUUACUGUAAGUGGUAUAAUAUUAGAAUAAUCUCCAGUAGCAAUAUUGCAAAAAUUACCUCUCGUACUGCUUAUGCAGAGUUCUUUCUAAUCCUAAAAUAACGAUCUGUAAUCAAUAGCCAAAUGAAUCUUAAGACGUGGUCGGGAAACAAACUGAUGUAAGCGCCCCCCUAGCGAAAGUAUGAACUAUUGAGGGUCCGAUUUUUCAACCUGUUAAUUAAGCAUUAGCAACUGUCAAAUAACUAAUUUGGCCGUCAGGUGCCGCCACAGCUGUUCACGUUCAUCAUAAAAUUUGAAAUGUUGUUAGCACUUAAAAUACCCUAAGCGGGCACUCACUCUCGCAUAUAUUAUCAAUUUUGUGUAUUUUCAAUUAAUCGGUUGACUGAACAGUAUGUUUAUUUGGUUGGAACUGUCAAGAGCAGGUUUUGUGCAAUAAUCGGCAAUACUCAAUCGCAUAGUCAACGUUGUAUGCCUGUAAAAUCGUGUUAGGUUUAGGACGCGUAUCGUUAAGUGUUGGCCAGUCUUAUUAUGUUUCGGAGAGAAUCGGCAUUUAAAAUGAUAAGGCAUUUUGACAAUGAAAUAGAUGACUCUGUAGGAGCUAUGCGUUAAGUGAUAUCUGGACCAUCGAACAUUUAUUAAAACAAUUUUGACAGUACAGUCUAUCUAGUUCACUCCGUGUUAACUACGCCGCAUUAAACACUCAUUUAAAUGUUUGAAACAGUAACGCGUAACGUAAUAUGCUAAUUUGCGCACUAGUGCGGUAAAGUAGCACCAUAUGUACUGUAAAUUUAUUUAGACAUUUUGAAAUUCUCAUUUUCCUUU